AUGGGUAACCUUCAAAUUUAUUACUUGUCUUUGAAGAAAUUCUCCGGAGGAAUUCCAAAAGAAUUUGUGUUUAAUAGCAAGUUGCAUGGUGCUUUGCCUAAAGAGAUUGGGAUGCUUGAAAAUAUGGAAAUUUUGGUUCUUUAUAAUAAUCAAUUUUUGGGGAAUAUACCUAAGGAGAUUGGUAAUUGGUUUCAUUUGAAAAUGGUUGAUUUCUUUGUUAACCAUUUUGGAGGAAGAAUUCCUAUUACUAAUAAAAGAUUGAAAGUGUUGAGUUUUCUUCACAUUAGACAGAAUGAGCUUGUUGGUGACAUUUGGGCUACACUUGGAAACUGUCGUAAACUGAGUAAAUUCGCCGGAGGAAUUCCAAAAGAAUUUGGUAACAUGCAUCAGUUGAACUUCUUAGAUCUUUUUGGAAGCCCUUUAAGUGGAAAAAUUCCCAAAACAAUUCCAUCUGAAUUGAGUCAAUGCAAGUCUCUGAAGCAACUUGAUUUAUCCAAAAAAUUUAUCAAUGGAACAAUUCCUCUUGAGAUUUAUGGUUUGGUUAACCUAACAAAUAGUUUUCUUCACAACAAUAGUUUAAUUGGUUUGGUUUCACCUAUCAUAGGUAACUUAACAAACUUGAAAAUACUUCCAGUGUUUAAUAGCAAGUUGCAUGGUGCUUUGCCUAAAGAGAUUGGGAUGCUUGAAAAUAUGGAAAUUUUGGUUCUUUAUAAUAAUCAAUUUUUGGGGAAUAUACCUAAGGAGAUUGGUAAUUGGUUUCAUUUGAAAAUGGUUGAUUUCUUUGUUAACCAUUUUGGAGGAAGAAUUCCUAUUACUAUUAAAAGAUUGAAAGUGUUGGGUUUUCUUCACAUUAGACAGAAUGAGCUUGUUGGUGACAUUUGGGCUACACUUGGAAACUGUUGUAAACUGAUUAUUCCAUCUGAAUUGAGUCAAUGCAAGUCUCUGAAGCAACUUGAUUUAUCCAAAAAAUAUAUCAAUGGAACAAUUCCUCUUGAGAUUUAUGGUUUGGUUAACCUAACAAAUAGUUUUCUUCACAACAAUAGUUUAUUUGGUUUGGUUUCACCUAUCAUAGGUAACUUAACAAACUUGAAAAUACUUCUAGUGUUUAAUAACAAGUUGCAUGGUGCUUUGCCUAGAGAGAUUGGGAUGCUUGAAAAUAUGGAAAUUUUGGUUCUUUAUAAUAAUCAAUUUUUGGGGAAUAUACCUAAGGAGAUUGGUAAUUGGUUUCAUUUGAAAAUGGUUGAUUUCUUUGUUAACCAUUUUGGAGGAAAAAUUCCUAUUACUAUUAAAAGAUUGAAAGUGUUGAGUUUUCUUCACAUUAGACAGAAUGAGCUUGUUGGUGACAUUUGGGCUACACUUGGAAACUGUCGUAAACUGAGUAUUCCUUCUGAAUUGAGUCAAUGCAAGUCUCUGAAGCAACUUGAUUUAUCCAAAAAAUUUAUUAAUGGAACAAUUUCUCUUGAGAUUUAUGGUUUGGUUAUCGUAACAACUAGUUUUCUUCACAACAAUAGUUUAAUUGGUUUGGUUUCACCUAUCAUAGGUAACUUAACAAACUUGAAAAUACUUCCAGUGUUUAAUAACAAGUUGCAUGGUGCUUUGCCUAAAGAGAUUGGGAUGCUUGAAAAUAUGGAAAUUUUGGUUCUUUAUAAUAAUCAAUUUUUGGGGAAUAUACCUAAGGAGAUUGGUAAUUGGUUUCAUUUGAAAAUGGUUGAUUUCUUUGUUAACCAUUUUGGAGGAAAAAUUCCUAUUACUAUUAAAAGAUUGAAAGUGUUGAGUUUUCUUCACAUUAGACAGAAUGAGCUUGUUGGUGACAUUCGGGCUACACUUGGAAACUGUCGUAAACUGAGUAUUCCAUCUGAAUUGAGUCAAUGCAAGUCUCUGAAGCAACUUGAUUUAUCCAAAAAAUUUAUUAAUGGAACAAUUUCUCUUGAGAUUUAUGGUUUGGUUAUCGUAACAACUAGUUUUCUUCACAACAAUAGUUUAAUUGGUUUGGUUUCACCUAUCAUAGGUAACUUAACAAACUUGAAAAUACUUCCAGUGUUUAAUAACAAGUUGCAUGGUGCUUUGCCUAAAGAGAUUGGGAUGCUUGAAAAUAUGGAAAUUUUGGUUCUUUAUAAUAAUCAAUUUUUGGGGAAUAUACCUAAGGAGAUUGGUAAUUGGUUUCAUUUGAAAAUGGUUGAUUUCUUUGUUAACCAUUUUGGAGGAAAAAUUCCUAUUACUAUUAAAAGAUUGAAAGUGUUGAGUUUUCUUCACAUUAGACAGAAUGAGCUUGUUGGUGACAUUUGGGCUACACUUGGAAACUGUCGUAACUUAACAAACUUGAAAAUACUUCCAGUGUUUAAUAACAAGUUGCAUGGUGCUUUGCCUAAAGAGAUUGGGAUGCUUGAAAAUAUGGAAAUUUUGGUUCUUUAUAAUAAUCAAUUUUUGGGGAAUAUACCUAAGGAGAUUGGUAAUUGGUUUCAUUUGAAAAUGGUUGAUUUCUUUGUUAACCAUUUUGGAGGAAAAAUUCCUAUUACUAUUAAAAGAUUGAAAGUGUUGAGUUUUCUUCACAUUAGACAGAAUGAGCUUGUUGGUGACAUUUGGGCUACACUUGGAAACUGUCGUAACUUAACAAACUUGAAAAUACUUCCAGUGUUUAAUAACAAGUUGCAUGGUGCUUUGCCUAAAGAGAUUGGGAUGCUUGAAAAUAUGGAAAUUUUGGUUCUUUAUAAUAAUCAAUUUUUGGGGAAUAUACCUAAGGAGAUUGGUAAUUGGUUUCAUUUGAAAAUGGUUGAUUUCUUUGUUAACCAUUUUGGAGGAAAAAUUCCUAUUACUAUUAAAAGAUUGAAAGUGUUGAGUUUUCUUCACAUUAGACAGAAUGAGCUUGUUGGUGACAUUUGGGCUACACUUGGAAACUGUCGUAACUUAACAAACUUGAAAAUACUUCCAGUGUUUAAUAACAAGUUGCAUGGUGCUUUGCCUAAAGAGAUUGGGAUGCUUGAAAAUAUGGAAAUUUUGGUUCUUUAUAAUAAUCAAUUUUUGGGGAAUAUACCUAAGGAGAUUGACAGAAUGAGCUUGUUGGUGACAUUUGGGCUACACUUGGAAACUGUCGUAAACUGA